ACCUGCCACGAUGAGAAACUCCUGCACAGUUCUGGCAUUCUCUCUCUGGGCUGCCAUUUUUCUCCUGCUAAUUCCAGAAGAUUUCUGUGAAAAAAUCAUUGGAGGACAUGAUGUGCAACCUCAUUCAAGACCCUACAUGGUUCUACUUCAAACAAAAAAUAGUCUUUGUGCUGGGGCUUUGAUUAAAGAGGACUGGGUAUUGACUGCGGCUCACUGUGUCCUGAACAAGAAGUCCCAGAUCAUUCUUGGGGUUCAUUCAAGAACCAAGAGUAAGACAGAAACACAGACAAUGUCCCUUAAGAAAGAGUUUCCCUAUCCAUGCUAUGAUCCAGAAACAUAUGAGAAUGAUCUUCAACUUGUACAGCUGAGCAAAAAGGCAACAAUUAAUAAAAACGUGGCUAUCCUUUCUUUACCUAGAAAGGAGGAGGAUGUGAAACCAAAUAGCACGUGUCGAGUUGCAGGCUGGGGGAAGGUUGGUAACAAAGGGUCUUCAUCAGACACUCUGAAAGAAGUCAAUGUCACCGUCAUUGACAGAAAAACCUGCAAUGGAAAAAAAUACUAUAAUUAUAAUCCUGUGAUUGGACUGAAUAUGAUUUGUGCUGGAAACAUCAAGGGUGGAAAGGACUCAUGUGACGGAGACUCUGGCAGUCCUUUGAUAUGUAACAAUAGUCUCACAGGCAUCACUUCCUUUGGCCGCAAAGGGAAAUGUGGAGAUCCUCGCUUCCCUGGCAUCUAUACUCGUCUCGCAAAGAAGCACAUCAACUGGAUAAAAAAGACUAUGAACGGAGCAGUUUAGAAUUGUAUUUCAUUUCAUUUACUGUUACUUUUUGAUCUUAUAUAUGAAAUCAAUUUGCGUGACUGUGCCUGUUUCUUUACUCUCACUGUAAUGGGGGCAGGUCUCCACCAGCAACAUGGGGCAGAGUCAUACAGUCACCUGGAGGAUAAUGCAAGGGAGCGAUUAGGGGAACAAUGUCAUGGUGUCAUUCAGGAGUUAUGUAACUAACAGUGUUACUUAUCUCGAGGAAUCCCAGCAGGAAAGAUCAGGUGUCUAGUAACAAACACAGUAAGAACUCAGCAUUUCUGCAAGAACCACAAACCACCAGUCUAGAGCAUGCAAUUUAAAGAAAAUGAGUUGACCCUUCCAAAGCCAUUGUUCUACAUCAACACCUGCUAUUCAUACUUAACAUGCAAGACCCUGAGUCUGUGUGAAAUACAGGGACAGGAAAUCCUUGCAGCAAUUUCUAAAGGCAAGAGAAAAGUAGACAUUAAAAUUUAAGGGCCUAUAAAGGAUGCACGUGAUGAGACAAGAAAAUGAUGCCCCAGAAAGUCAACCUCCCUUCUCAGCCAUUCUCAUUUAAACCCUGGAUUAUCUGUGGAUGGCGUGGGCAGAGGUCGCUGUAGUCACUGAUGCUGAGAGUGGCGCUUGUGGACCCUGCAGUAUGUUCCACACUACUCAAGACUGCACUUAAUGGUGCCUCGAAGUCUUGGGUCAGUAGGAUAUGAUCCUAAUGAAAAGUGUUGACACCACUUGGGAGACUUGCCCUUCACUUUGUUGGACUUGAAAUUCUGCCUUUAGGGAUCUUUGCUGUCUUGUAGCCAUUCGUUACAUGGAUUCUUAUCUGAACUUGCCUCUACAGUGACUCCAUCAAGUCAAAAUUAAACCAGGUAUCCACAGCCACUGCAGCAUGAGUUCGAUCCCUGGCCAGGCCAGGUAGUAACCCACAUGGCACAGUAGACCUCUCCUGACUCACCUGCUGCUCCCCUCAUCAGUGUACUUUGGUCAAUCUGCCUGUUCUGUUCCCCACUGUCUCUGGUGAAUCCUCUCACCCCCCCUCCACCUCUGGCUUGUACCCCAGCUCUUGUAUA